AAUGUAAAAUCAACAUACAAAAAUGAAUGCCAUUAAAAAAUGAGAAAAUAUCUGAAAAUAUUGAAUGAUAAGAAACAUUUGUAAUUUUAUCAAAUUAGUUACAUCGAAAUUUGUGUUUUUGUGUUCGGUUGACGAAUGUUAUCCAAUCCCGCGCCUGGACUAGACUAGGGGAUACAGUACUACUAUAGCAGACGAUCAUUCCAAUUAUUCUUAGCCGACAGAGAGCGCUCCUGAACUCAAAAAUUAACAUAUUAUCUUAUUUUGGCUAAUGGCCUCUGCAGUCUGCUCUCAAGUCAAGUCUGCUGAGCCCAGCACAACAGCACUGCAGUUUGAUCUGAGCCAUGAGCCCUAAGGACUUUGAAAAGAGUCCUGAGCGAUGGUUUUAUUAGUUUUUUAUCAUAAAUAUUAAUUAUUGCAAGUUCUUAACAAUAUUUGAAAGUUAUUCCAGAAGUAAUAGGAAGAAAAGACAGGAUGGCAGAGGACGAUAAUCUAUUAUUCUGUAGAUCUAGCAAUAAUACAACUGAACAUUGGGUUCAAGAACAAGAUGAACUCUGGGAUGAUACUGCUUUGAUCAAAGCCUACGAUAAGGCAAUCAACAAAGCAAAAGAAGAAGUAUCCAAACGUUUGGGUUUGGAGAAUCCACAGUCAGCUGCAAUGUCAAGUACAAAUUCCACGGGUACCAAAAGUAAACACAAGGCUACAUCACAAAAAAAUCAAAGGAGAUGGUGUGUCGGAUCUCCAUGCCGAGCUGUCUAUUCAGAAGAUGGUAUAGUUUAUGAAGCUGUGAUUGUAAAAAUCUUUGACGACUCCAAGACAUGCAUAGUUAAAUUUAUUGGUUAUGAGAAUAUAGAAAAAGUUAAAUUGGAUUCACUCACAGAGUCUGAGGGUUUACAAAGUCAAAUUGCUCAACAAAAAGAAGCUGCAGAAGCAGAAAAAAAUUCUGCUAAUUUAGAAGAUGAUGAAUCUCAUAUAGCAAAUGGAUAUCAAGAAAAUAUGGACUAUGAAACAAAUGAAAUUAAAUCAUUUAAAAAUUUUUACAAUCCAAGUUCUUCAUUUAACCCUAACUUUGGAGCAAUACCUCCAGCACCACCACUACCACCACAGUUUAUGGCUAGGUUACCUGAAAAUGAUGCAGAUGCUUUGUCAAGUAUGCUAAUGUCAUGGUACAUUAGUGGAUUUCAUACUGGAUACUAUCAUGGAAUGAAACAAGUACAGAGUAAUCAAGGACACAGAAAAAAAUAACAAGCAUGAAAUUGAAGACUUUUUAAAUUGUAAAGUAUUAUAAGUUAAAUUUGUAUAAAAUAUUACUUUCUACAAAAUCA